AUGGACGGCUACUCGGCGCGCAAGAAUGCGCUGAGUGGUUACGGAACUCUUUCCACUAUGAUCAACGCUUCUUCCAAGUUGCCCAAGAGCGUAAGGAGGAAGAGAUAUCCAAUUCGCUCGGGCAUGUCUGACCGGGUCUAG